GCAGCCACUUGACACUAUUGAAAGCAGGAAGGAUGGGAUUGUCUUGGAAGCUGGUUGGGUGAAAGUCCCAGAAAGGGUUUUAUAAAGAGAAUUAUUGAUUAUUUAUAUUUAGAGAUCCCAGGCAGGUGGUAGGAGCAGUCAGAGCAGCCUGCUAUAGUGGGACUGUGUGUGCUGACUUACUUAAAGGACCAUUAUGCUAAUGAGCUAGCUUGUCCCCACCUGCAGGACUUGAGAACAGGCUGGGGAAGGUAUUGGUAGUGGUGGUGGGGUGACACCUCAUUGGUUAAACUGGAGCAGAUCUAGUGCAUGCAGGGCUCAGGAGCAGCUGGAAGAAAAGACCAAAAUAUCAGAAUAAAGGCUGGAGAGGGGCUUCCCUUACUCUCAGUAUCAGGGAUUUAAACCAACUCUCAGAUGCCAUUUACCACUGAAGAUAGGAGCCUUCAAGGGAUCUACAAAUCCACUGCCCUUCACCACCAUCACCACCACCACCACCAGCUGGAGCCUGGGGAAAGUGGGAGAAGGAUGUGCAGUGAGUGCUACACCAACCAGAGUUUUAUCUAUGAUGAUGGGAGCUCCCAAAAAUACACCUCCAGGCUGGCACCUGACAAGACUGGGGUCAUCCUAGACAUCAGCUCCCUAAAAAUGAACGAGCUGGAGACGGAGGUGCCCCCACUGCCCCCCAGGUACCGCUUCAGGGACUUGCUGCUGGGGGAUCAGACCUUCCAGAAUGACGACAGGGUACAAGUGGAAUUCUACGUCAAUGAAAACACAUUUAAAGAGAGACUCAAACUCUUCUUCAUCAAAAACCAAAGAUCAAGCCUCAGAAUACGUCUUUUCAAUUUCUCCUUGAAGCUCCUCUCCUGCUUGUUGUACAUUGUGCGCGUUUUACUGGACGACCCAACAGAAGGCAUUGGAUGCUGGGGAUGUGUAAAACAGAACUACACAGAGCGGAAAUAUCCAGAUAUAAGCUGGGAUCCCAUCCUGUGGGUGGACAGAAGGAUGCCUCUGUGGGCUAUCCAGGUUACUGUGGCCAUAAUAAGCUUUAUGGAGACCAUGCUACUUAUAUAUCUCAGUUACAAGGGCAAUAUUUGGGAACAGAUCAUUCGGAUUUCAUUCAUUCUGGAGAUGAUUAACAGUGUCCCCUUCAUCAUCACAAUAUUUUGGGCUCCAUUGCGGAAUUUAUUCAUUCCAGUUUUCCUAAACUGCUGGCUGGCAAAAUGCGUUUUGGAAAAUAUGAUUAAUGAUCUUCAUCGGGCUAUCCAAAGGACGCAGUCUGCCAUGUUUAAUCAAGUCAUCAUUUUAAUCUGCACCCUAUUGUGCCUUGUCUUCACAGGAAUGUGUGGCAUCCAGCAUUUGGAAAGAGCUGGAGAAAACCUAUCCCUCUUCAAAUCCUUUUAUUUCUGCAUUGUUACCUUUUCUACAGUGGGGUACGGGGACGUCACCCCUAAAAUCUGGCCGUCUCAACUCUUGGUGGUCAUCAUGAUCUGCGUUGCCCUUGUAGUGUUACCCCUGCAGUUUGAAGAACUGGUUUAUCUGUGGAUGGAACGUCAGAAAUCUGGAGGAAAUUAUAGCCGCCAUCGAGCCCAAACUGAGAAGCACGUGGUCCUCUGUGUCAGCUCUCUGAAAAUCGAUCUUCUCAUGGACUUUCUCAAUGAAUUCUAUGCACACCCCAGGCUGCAGGAUUACUACGUGGUGAUUCUUUGUCCCACCGAAAUGGACAUUCAAGUUCGACGUGUCCUUCAGAUCCCACUGUGGUCUCAACGCGUUAUCUAUCUCCAAGGUUCUGCCCUGAAAGAUCAAGAUCUCAUGAGAGCAAAAAUGGAUGACGCCGAGGCCUGUUUUAUCCUCAGUAGCCGCAACGAGGUGGAUCGCACGGCAGCUGACCAUCAGACUAUUUUGAGAGCCUGGGCUGUGAAAGACUUUGCGCCCAACUGCCCCCUGUAUGUCCAGAUUCUGAAACCGGAAAAUAAGUUCCACGUGAAAUUUGCAGAUCACGUGGUUUGUGAAGAAGAGUUUAAAUACGCCAUGCUGGCUUUGAAUUGUGUGUGCCCGGCAACCUCAACGCUCAUCACACUUCUAGUACAUACCUCUAGGGGGCAGGAAGGCCAGCAGUCGCCGGAGCAGUGGCAGAGGAUGUACGGGCGCUGUUCUGGUAAUGAGGUUUAUCAUAUCCGAAUGGCGGACAGCAAAUUCUUCAUGGAGUACGAAGGGAAGAGUUUUACUUACGCAGCCUUCCAUGCACACAAAAAAUACGGAGUGUGUUUGAUCGGCGUUAAGAGAGAAGACAAUAAGAGCAUAUUAUUGAAUCCGGGUCCCAGACACAUCAUGGCGGGAUCCGACACCUGUUUCUACAUUAAUAUCACCAAGGAGGAAAAUUCAGCUUUCAUCUUUAAGCAGGAGGAAAAGCAGAAAAGGAAAGGCCGGGGACUGUAUGACGGGCCAUCCCGACUGCCCGUACACAGCAUCAUUGCCAGCAUGGGGACGGUUGCCAUGGAUCUCCAGAAUACGGAGUGUCGACCUCCAAAUAGCAGCAAGUUAACCCUCCCUGCAGAGAAUGGUUCAGGGACCCGUAGACCCAGCAUUGCUCCUGUUCUAGAAAUCGCAGACAGCUCUACAGUGCUGCCAUGUGACAUGCUGAGUGACCAAUCUGAGGACGAGAUGACGCAGUCUGAUGAUGAGGGACUGCCGGUACUUGACUAUGUGAAAGGAUACCCACCAAAUUCUCCCUAUAUAGGGAGCUCCCCGACCCUCUGCCACCUUCUACCUUCAAAAGCCGCGUUCUGCUGUCUCCGCCUGGAUAAAGGUUGCAAACACAACAGCUUUGAAGACGCCAAGGCGUAUGGUUUUAAGAACAAGUUGAUUAUUGUUUCGGCUGAGACAGCUGGGAACGGACUGUAUAAUUUCAUUGUACCUCUCCGAGCAUACUACAGAUCGCGAAAAGAACUUAACCCUAUCGUUCUGCUGUUGGACAAUCCACCCGAUAACCAUUUCCUGGAGGCCAUCUGCUGUUUUCCAAUGGUUUACUUUAUGGUCGGGACAAUAGACAACCUGGAUAAUUUACUGCAAUGCGGGAUCAUUUAUGCUGAUAAUCUGGUGGUGGUGGAUAAAGAGAGUACGAUGAGUGCGGAGGAAGAUUAUAUGGCAGACGCGAAGACUAUUGUUAACGUACAAACCAUGUUCAGGCUCUUCCCCAGUCUCAGCAUUACUACAGAACUCACACACCCGUCCAAUAUGAGGUUUAUGCAGUUCCGGGCGAAGGACUGUUAUUCUCUUGCACUAUCCAAAUUAGAAAAGAAAGAGCGUGAGAAUGGAUCCAAUCUGGCGUUCAUGUUUCGGCUGCCCUUCGCCGCUGGCAGAGUAUUCAGUAUCAGCAUGUUGGAUACGUUAUUAUAUCAGUCUUUUGUGAAGGAUUACAUGAUCACAAUAACCAGGCUUCUCCUCGGACUGGACACCACGCCAGGAUCUGGUUAUCUGUGUGCGAUGAAAAUCACAGAAGAAGACUUGUGGAUCCGCACAUAUGGCCGGCUGUUUCAGAAACUGUGUUCUUCAAGUGCCGAAAUCCCAAUAGGAAUCUACCGAACUCAGUCACAUAUGUUCUCUACAUCAGAGCCGCAUGACAUCCGAUCACAGUCUCAGAUCUCAAUCAACGUGGAGGAUUGUGAAGACACAAAGGAUGUCAAGGAGCAUUGGGCCGGGAAACCUAGUCAUAGAAACUCCACGUCUAGCGACCAGUCAGAACACCCACUGCUUCGAAGGAAAAGCAUGCAAUGGGCCCGUCGGCUCAGCAGGAAGGGGAACAAGCAGGCGAGCAAGACGGCAGAAUGGAUAAGCCAACAAAGAUUAAAUCUAUACCGGAGGUCUGAGCGCCAAGAACUAUCCGAGCUGGUAAAAAACAGGAUGAAACACCUAGGCUUACCGACGACUGGCUAUGAGGAUGUAGCAAAUUUAACUGCCAGUGAUGUGAUGAAUCGGGUAAACCUUGGAUAUUUGCAAGAUGAAAUGAAUGACCAUCAAAACACCCUUUCGUACGUCCUUAUUAACCCACCACCAGACACGCGCUUGGAGCUGAACGAUAUUGUUUAUUUGAUCAGAUCUGACCCACUAGCCCAUGUUGCCAACGACUCAAACAGCCAAAAAAGCAGCAACAGCUACAAAACAGAACAGGUGGGAAAUCCUGAAACACGGGACGAGACACAACUAUGAGACGGAGCCCUACUAGCGGAAACUGUGCCUAUUCGCACCGCGUGCUGAAAACCGACAGAGCUCUACAUUUUAUUGGAAGCCCGGGAGAAAUCAAUCUCUACCAAUCAUGAUGCUCAUUUUCCAAGAUGCUACUGGAGAACAAUGCUCGCUAGCGAACAAACAGACAUAGAUGGUCCUUCCAUUUCUCCGAAACACUUCACUGCCGUUCGUGAAUACAGGGCAACUUCCUGGACUUAGAGGUGACAUUUCCGCUGCUGGCCGUUAUAGGGCAAUGCUGU